AAAAGUGAUACUCAAUUUUCCUUUCCAACAUUGCCGCAUUACAUGAGUAAAUCAUCGGCAUCAAUCAUCUUCGUCCUUCGGACACGAAUCGCGCGAACAGUCGAAACCCACGACUUUAAUGGCGAAGAGGGGUGAAUAAUUAAGAGCAUCCGCAGCUCAAUUCAACGCUACGGAUUUGGGGCAUUAAUAAUCUUCGGAACAUCUUCAUUUUAGGACGGAUGAGACUGUCAUAAAUCCAUGGGCAUUUUCCCUCCUUUUCUUUUCUGGCACAUCCCCCUCCAAUCCGACAAAAUCCCCCAGCCAGCGCACUGUCCGAACGAGGAAAAACUGCGAAGCGCGCUUUUCGUUUUCGACUCUUUUCACGCCCCUGAAAAGCAAACAUUUCGAGAGAGAGAGAGAGAAAUAGAGUUGGCGCCAACUGGCGAAGAGGGAAUGGGGAGGAACUCCAAAUUUCAAAUCUCUUCCAAAUCCAGAAUUCGUAUUAUUUAAUGAGAAGACUCGUGCUUCGAUGCGACUUUUCUCUGCAAGGAGUCGCUCCAGCCCACGUAAAGCAGAGAUCCCAUCCCAUCGUUGGCUUUUCCGAUCUCUCUCUCUCUUCUCCGUCUUUCUCUCUCUCUGCGUCGGAGCGGAAGACGCAGCGUCGUCCCGCAUGGCCGUCCCUUCUAGCUCGCCAGAGUCGCCAGAGCGAGGUCUCUCCCUGUGCGCGGAAGGAGAAGAGCCAGAGCCAGAGCCAGAGCCAGAGCAAGAGGAAGGAGGGCGACGGCGGCGGCGGCGACGGGUCGAGCAUUGCUAAGCGCAACAGCAACCCCGGAGUUCGAGUCGUCGGGGGCCGAAUCUACUGCCCUUUUAAUGGCAAGACGUGCCACCAGUGCCGUCAGAAGACGUUGGAUUUCACAGCUGCUUGCAGAAACAUGAAAGGAGACAAGCAGUGUACCAUUAAGUUUUGUCACAAGUGCCUCUUGAACAGAUAUGGAGAGAAAGCGGCAGAUGUGGCAGUGUUGGAGGACUGGAAAUGCCCUAAAUGCAGAGGCAUUUGCAACUGUAGCUUUUGCAUGAAGAAAAGGGGUCACAAACCCACUGGUAUAUUAGUACACACGGCUAAAAAGACUGGAUUUUCCUCUGUCUCUGAGAUGUUGAAUGUCGGAGGUCCUGAUAGCCUUGAUCUCAACAAGCCCGCAAACCCUGUAGAUGUCUCAUCAUUGAAUUCUGAUUCAGACGAGAACCUUGCUGUUCUCUCACCAAGAAAACGGGGAAAGGAGAAUUCUUCUGAUCGCAACAUUGACCUGAAUUUGAAGUUGGAUAGUUCAACAGCCAACUCUGAUAAGAAGUCUUCGAAGAAAAGAAAAUCUGAUGACCUAAAUGAAAUGCACAAUACCGAUGUUGAUGAUGAAUCUAUUCUGAAGGACAGAACCCUGAAGAAACCUAGUGACAGUGACAAAGUUUCUGAUAGGGAGGUACAACGCAAUAAGAAGAACAAGCGUGGGGUUAAAGUGAGAAAGAACAUGAUGGUAGAUGUGUCCAGUGGUAUAUCUUCUGAUCUCGUUAAUGAAGAGAAACCCAACGUGGGACAGGAUGCUGCAGGAUCACUGGCUGCAAGAGCCUAUCAAGCUGCAGUGAAAAGUAAGUCUACUGCAGAUCCAGUUAAGGUCAAUGGCGAUUCUGCGAUCCUUCAGAAGGAGUUGCAUGCUGACAUCCCGCUGCCAGAAGGCAUCCUCUUGACUGGUGUGGCUGGUGUUGAGUUGCCUUCUGAGGUCACUGGAGACGCAUUGCAAUUUUUGGAAUUUUGUGCUGCUUUUGGCAAGGUCCUUGAUAUCAGAAAAGGAGAAGCUGAAUCUAUACUUAGAGAAUUAACAUGUGGGAGAAGGCGGCGCCAUGGGCAGGCCUCUUUAAUUGUUCGAUUUCAUAUCCAAUUGAUUUCUUUGAUACUGAAGGAUAUGGGGGAUGAGUCUCCAUCUAUCACUUCGGCGGAUGAUAGGAAUUCAUGGUUGCAAGCUAUUGGGAAAUAUCUCUCCGACUCUAAAUGUCCAUUUGAAGACUUUCCUCUUGGUUGCCUUGAUAAAGGUGCUGAUGGAUAUGAUGAAUUAGACCUAUCAAAAAAGCUUAGGCUUUUAAAUUUUCUUUGUGAUGAAGCUCUGAGUACGGAAAACCUGAGGGGAUGGAUAGAAGAGCAGAAUCUGCAAUAUGUUGAAAAUGGAAAGGAAACAAGAGGAAAGCUUCUUGAAGUGAAGGACAAGGAGAAACUUUUAAAGCAGAAGAUGAAGAAUGAGGUGGCUGAAGCUAUUAUCGCAAAAAAUGGUGUUCCUCUUUCAUUUUCAGAGCAUGAUGCUAUUGUGUCACAAGUAAAACAUGAAAUCACCCAGGUUCAAGCUGAGAUGCUGGAGAUGAGCAGGAUAUCCAAGAAGGGGCAGAGAUCAGAUGCCGUUAGAACAGAGCCUGUCAUUGUGGAUGGCCAGGGGCAUACCUUUUGGAAGUUGAAAGUGUACAAAGGUGAACCUGAUGUAUUGCUUCAAGAUGUUAUAAAGCGUGAUUCAGUUGUAGCAGAAGAAAAAUGGACUGUCUUUGAUUCAGAAAAGAAACAAGAAAUUGACAGAUACAUCUCUUCAGUGGUAAAAAGAUCCAGUAUUCAAAAGAUCUACCCAUGCACUAACUGAUUCUUGAGAGCUGACGCAAAGAGAACGUGUCUUGACGACUCAUGGGCUCAGCCUGCCAAAACCCUUUUUGGCCCCCUGUAGUAACAGUUGAAAGAGGAGUCCAUUUUGUAGCCGCUGUACGACUCCUGGAAAUCAGGAAGCGACAUGUCGCCCUGUUCUAGCUGUGAUCUUUAACCUGUAAUGCAAUUGCAAUGUAGUAUAAUUCGUUUGGGUAAUCUGAUACGGCAUCAGCCAUUGUCUUAUGGACAGGGUUGGAGUUCUUUUUUUUUAAUCUUUUUUCCUUCUGAAAAGACCAAGCUGCACCUGAUUUGAAGAAUAUUCACUAAAGAAAGACUAAAUUCGAACCAAGGUCGCACUCCUCUCUCCUCCACACCCUGUCUAUUCCAAAGCUAGUCAUUGCUGA